CACAUCUGCUUCAUGCAUGCCUGCUACUGAUAUGUUUUUACAUCACAACUACUUUUAGGGAGUAAUUCAUCUUUUAUCAGCUGACAUGGACAUUUCAAGACAUUGGAUUUUAACUUGUCUCCCAGCAUAAGAAAAGUUUUCUGGGAGAAGAGUCUAAGCAGCAGCAUUGAGGCAUUAUAUAAAUGUGAUGGAGACUGACAGUCUGCUGCCGAAGCCAAAACCAAAGAAGUUCAGAGGUUGGACAUAUGUGAUUCUUGUCAUCAUCACCAUCUUCAUCACCAUCAUCUUGGUCUAUUACCUUACUAGGGAGCGUCAGCCAAGACCAGCCAGGCCAAGACCAGCAGUGCCAAGACCAGCAGUGCCAAUAUGUGCAAAGAAAAAUGUUUCUCUGGAAGAAAAGGUGGCCUUUAUGGCUGUCAAUGGGAAAAAGACGCUGCUGUUAGCGGCUUAUAUGGAGCACCGCAAUGAAAGACAGGUUCGUGUCAUUUCCGUUGUGCUGAGGAGCGAGGAUCAAAACUAUCACUGCAGCAUAUGCUGCAACGAGAGACUAUACAUUUCUAAAGGUUUCAGCGAUAUCCACAGUGACCACUUUGACUUCCCGUACGGCACAGCGGACAUCAUGUGUCGUCUCCCCGUAGACUGUGAGACACCCUCUCAUAUCGCUGUGACCAACAAUGCCCCCAGCUCUGAUUUACAUAAGCCGGUAUAUUUGGAGAUAAAAAACCAGAAAGCGGAGAGUGUCGCCUUACCUUACGACUUCACCGUCUGCAUUUCCACCAUGUUUAAUUUUACCAACGUCCUGCAGUUGGUCCAGAGUUUGGAAAUGAUGCAGUUACUGAGGGUGAACAGAGUUGUCAUCUAUAAGAGCGACUGCAGCCCUGAAACACAGCGUGUACUGGACUACUACACAAAAAAAGGUUUAGUAGAGGUGAUUCCUUGGACGAUAUCCAAACAUCUGAAACCAUCUCGCGGCUGGCAGCCUGCGCGUUAUCCAGGUGACAUCCAGUAUUAUGGCCAGAUCCCUGCUCUCAACGACUGUCUCUAUAGAUACAUGUACCAGUCCAGAUAUGUGUCCCUGCAGGAUAUAGACGAGCUCAUACUGCCCCAGUCUGUCGACAGCUGGUCGGACCUGCUGCCACAGCUGGAGAAGAAAUAUGGCGAAGACGGGUGCUACAUAUUUCAGAAUAACGUUUUCCCCUACACGAUCACAGUGCCUCUUCCAGCGUCACAAAAACAGCCGAUAGAAAGCCCCGGCUGGAAGAAUGUGCCUGGGGUAAAUAUCCUGGCUCACCUCCACCAAAGACCCCUCACAAGAGAGAAUCAAAAUGGCAACUACAAGGUAAUCGUUAACCCCCGAGCUGUCUUCCAAACCACCGUCCACGGACUGCUGAAAACGGAGAAAGGCUGCGCCUGGGUUGACAGGAAUAUAGCUCGGAUGUACCACACAAGAGCUGGGACACCAGAGAUGAAACCCGAGCAGCUGGUUUAUGACGGCAGACUACUGAAAUACAGCGACCGCCUCAUAUCAGCAGUCAAUACUGUUCUCAAAGAGACCAAAUUUCUACCAAGUGAAGUCAAGUCAAGUUGAUUUCUGUCUUCUGUCUGCCCCGGGGGGUUAACAAGUCCUUAUACUUGAAAGAGAAAAAACGUGUGUCUGUGUGUGUAUGUGUGUGUGUGUGUGUGUGUGUGUGUGUGUGUGUGUACUUAUUUAUGACAUAUGUAUAUAUUUCCCCCCAAAAAAGAACUUUAUUGAAAUGACAGUAAGUGAAAUGUUGCACUUUUUUAAACCAAAACUGAAUUACAAACUGCAUCAAGUUUAGUGGUUAUGGUCCUCGAAAUGAAUGUAUCUAUGUAAUGUCCCCAAAAGUGACAUAGGACAAGUGUGUGUCUUUCUCUAUGUCUGUGCGUGCAUGUUUUUGUUGCCUCUUGAGGACCACCCCAGUAUAAACACCAACCUUGUUUGGACCAGUAGUCCUCAGGGGGACCAAAGCACAUUCCCAAUGAGGCCAAAUGUAAUUUCUGAGGUCCUGUAUAAGGUUUGGUUUUGGCUGUUCUCAGGGAACGUAAGUCAAUGCAAUGUCCUAACUAAUAUAGUUGUGCAAACCUAGCGAAUUAUGCUUAUGUGCUUUUACUGAAAUAGGAUUUUGAAAUCAGGACUUUUAUCUGUAAUGGAGUGUUUUUACAUUUUGGCAUUGCUACUAUCACUUGCUAUAAGUAAAAGAUCUGAGUACUACUUCCAUCACAGCUUACUGGUCCAGAGGUAGUGAUUUGUUUACUGCUGUCUUCUGUAGUUAAAGGAAGAUGUACUACAUGGGAAAAGUUAAUGUGUGUGUGAUAUGUGCUGAGACUACUCUGUCUGCCAAACUCACUUCCGGGAGAGAAAUGAUUCCUCAGGGAUUUAUACUUGAACUUUUUUAAUGGCCUGAUCUAUGUGGACAUAUAGCGACUGAGUGAGCCAUCAGGAUUGCAGACUCUUGUCGAGGAACACUGUAAAGAACUCAUUGAGGUUGACGCAAAGCUUGUUGACUGCGCUGAACUUGAGACCAUUAAGCUUAACGUGGCUUAAAAAGCCAAAUGCACUGCAACUGUAAAUCAUCCAGCAAAGGAGGAAAACUCUUAAAGGUUGACGUUGAUUCCUAUGGUUGAUUACUAUGUGGGAGGGAUACUUUUAAACACCUCAAGACUUAUUUGUUUAGCCUUGCUUUUGUUGAAUUUGUUUAUUUCUGUUUUUGUCUUCUUUUUUUUUAGCUGAUUGUCUGCAUUUGAUGUCUGUUGCAUUGCUUUUGUUUGCAUUAAUUGUGAAGCACUUUGUAAUGAUGGUCUUGAAAGGCACCACAGUAAAUAAACUUUCAUUUUUCUUUUUCUUCCUGUAUGACAUUAAACUUUCCUCUGUCUUCCCAAAAAAAAGUCUGCCAGAUUUUGUCAUUACCAGUAUAUCUGGAAGAAAACUAGCCUCAUGACAUAAUGGUAGAAUCACAGUUUAUCAAUACGAUGUUUCUGUAGUCAUAGGACACCAAUUUAAGAAGCAACAAUUGCACAUUUCUACUUCCCAGUUUUAAGAAAUCAUCAGUGAAGUUCCUCUUUAUGAUGCAGAGCCGAGCUGCAAAACUCAGAGGAGACAUAGAAACAUGCACACAGAAAUCAAGACGAAAAAAAAGGCAUCCCUCCCAGUACUCACACUUUUAGUGUUGUGGUAUCUCUGAGUACUCCAGUGGCUACUUGUGUGACAUAUUUCCAGUAACUUCUGCAGUGUUCAAGUAUAUGUAACUACUUACAGUCCACAUCUCAAGCUUAUUUUAUUUGUUUGAACAGAUAGUCUGAAUUUGCUGCAUUUGUGUGUCCGUUACUGUUUUACAGGUAGUGGCAUUGAUGGAAACAAACACAUUGAGGGGCUGAGAUGAGAAAUACAAGGCAAUUCCAUUAUCUAGAAGUAUGUCGGUUAACUGUACAUUAGAGUCAUAAAACAAUGUUAUUUUGUUUGUAUUUAGGUUUCUGUCUUUUUCUAAGAAUCAAACAUGUUUCUCAAAAUCACAAUCCAACUUUCAUAAACUUCUUAAACUUUUACUUAAACUUCCUCUUACCAGUGGAUUAUCGUUGAUUCUAAAACCAGCCUAUAGUCCAACAACUGGACUGGUGUUGCACAAUAUACUGUGGUGAAUUGUAGUAAACACUUGCUCUAGGGGUGCAUAGGAAGUGUGUUUAGUCUCACUUGCACUAUUGAGGCAGUAUUGAGGCAUACAGUAUGUCCUCGAUACUGCAACUCUGACUCUACAGCCGAGCAGUGCUUCCUAUUAAUGUUAACCUGCUGAUGUUAAGCAGCUAUAAUGUUUAUAUGUGUAUAAGGUUUUAGUUUGCUGACAUUUGCUAACACAGUACACUGAUGUCAUGAGUUUUGCAGGUAAACAUGAAAUUGAAUUGUUGGUGUAAUUUAUAAUGAAUGGGGUUAAUGUGUAAUGUCAUUCUGUGAUGUAAAAGAUGCUGAUCAUUGAAAGUUCUGUCAUCUUUCAA